UCCAAUAAAAAUAUCUCAUUACCAACGUCGUUGGAAUAAUUAAUUUCACAUAUAAUUCCGCGGAGAGAACAUUAAACAGUUGAUGGAUUUUAAAUUGCUCGCAUGUAAUAAUGAAAAUCUCGUAAUGUGUGCAAACAAACGUAAAAAAUCCGGUCCGCCGUCGGUUGAUUUGAAUGGGAAAAGGACAAUGAGGGACAAUUAAUGAAAUUUUCGAUUCGCGGGAGGCUAUUAAGUCUAUCUGAUGACGGCGCGCGUCAUUUAGGAUGCAUUUAUACGGCAUGCGACCAAAACGAAAGUCCAGUACAAGCAGUGUCGAAGCGGUAGACCCCCCUGUACAUUGCUGAUCUCUGAGAUGAGGAAUGUGAGUACGAAAGGACCAUCCCAGUCUGAGGGGAACGCCACUGGCUAUGCUAGCCGCCCAAUGCAACAAGCUCUCGAGCAAGUCACCUCCUCCACUGGCGGACGCGGCUGUUGGAAAGGGUUUCCACCCGUGGAAGAAGAGUCCGCAAGGGGCCCCGUCUCCAGGAAGCACCAACGUUUCGGUGGCCAACUCUCUGGCGUCCCAGCGUUCUUCCUCGGGCAACACCUCCUACACCAGCAGAUCGGUGAUGACCUCCUGCGCCAGCGUCCCGACCACUGCUUCCUACGGAAGCGACCUGUAUUUUCCCGGGGCCACUACUCAACCUUCGGUAGCCGACAAUUCGCACCAUCAUCAUCAUCAGAGUUCUUUGCUCGGUAAAGUCGAAGGUGCCGCCACCGCCCAUCAUGCUGCGCUCGGUUCGGUUUACUCCAGACACCCGUACGAAUCUUGGCCGUUCAACACGAUGUCCACUGCCACUCACCACGGCGGAAUCAAGAGCGACUCAGUCGGAGGCGCUAACGCUUGGUGGGACGUCCAUUCCACCGCUGGCAGUUGGCUAGAUAUGAGCGGCGCCGCUGGUAUGCACGCCCAAAUGGCCGCCGCCAAUUAUUCCUCGGAUUACUCCAGUCUUACACAUUCCUUGGCCGCCUCCAACCAUCUACUCUCUUCGGGGCAACACCUACUACAAGACACCUACAAAUCCAUGUUGCCUGGGGCUCAGAGCGUCACUGCAUCUUUCGGCCUCCACACCGGUCCGGCAUCAUCCCCAACCGGGGGCGCUGGAAGUUUACCACCCCAAGUACCUUCUCCAAGAUCGCAGAGGAGAUACACCGGUAGAGCAACUUGCGACUGUCCAAACUGCCAGGAAGCUGAAAGGUUGGGCCCUGCUGGCGUUCACCUGAGAAAAAAGAACAUCCACAGCUGCCACAUACCUGGAUGCGGUAAAGUUUACGGUAAAACGUCGCACUUGAAAGCCCAUCUGAGGUGGCACACCGGCGAGAGACCCUUCGUUUGCAACUGGUUGUUCUGCGGUAAAAGAUUCACCAGGUCCGACGAGUUACAGAGGCAUCUCAGGACCCAUACGGGCGAAAAACGUUUCGCUUGUCCCAUUUGCAACAAGCGUUUCAUGAGGUCGGAUCACCUAGCCAAGCACGUUAAGACCCACAACGGUACGGGCAAGAAGGGAAGUUCAGAGUCUUGCAGCGAUUCGGAAGAGAACAGUCAGAGCGAUUUAACGAAUAACGUGAAUUCUCCAGCUUCUAUCAACCAGACGCCACCACCAUCAUCUAACAUGGGUCUGGAUAUGGUCACAGGGUUAGAUGUGAAGUCUCCGGGCUUGGUUUGAGCUAGGUGGGGCCCAGCGCUGCUCUAUCCAGGGUUUCAUCACUAGCGCAAGCGGCUCCAAGUGUGAUUAUGUAAAGACUUGUAAAAUAAUUCUUAGUCACUUUGAAGAUUUAAACUGCUAAAUUCUUAUGUUACUCGAUUUCAUAUAAGAAUGAAAUUUGUUAUUUACAUAAAUCGUAACUCUGUAUAUAUUGUGGAUUAAGAGAAUUAUGCUUGAAAUUUUAUUGUACAUAUUAUAAAUAAUUUUAAUCUAUCCGAACAGAUUAGGUGAGGAGAAAAUGAUAUACAUAAUUAGAUUGCGUUACAUAUCAAUAUAAAGGGUCUACCUUCAGACGCGCAAUCGCACAGAUUUAUUUAUGAAUAUGAACGUGAUAUUAAUGUAAAAUACGACGUAAUCGUUUGUGUUGCAGAAUAUUAAUGUUUUUCUCUCCGCCAAAGAUCUGUUAUAUUGUAAAUUGUGAACAAUAAAUAUAUGUAUAAAUCGUACUAAACGCUUUUGUGACUUGUUGACAUUAAAUAUAAUUUUCGAAUUUGACUCAA